GCACUUCUUUUGUAACAGGUCAAUUCCGAAUUUUUGUUUUCUGUGAAAAUGCAAAGUCUGACGCGCUUGCUGAACUCCGCCCUUACGCUGCAGCCGCCUCAGCGGGCCGUCUCGGCAGCACUGGCGCUGCAACAGAUGCGUACCAAAACCAAAGUCGUUGAGAAACCACGGCCCGGAGCCGGCCAGCAGUUCCGCCGGAUUGUGCACUUCCCCGAGGAGUACACGGUGUCGCCGCUGAAGAUUACACACUUGGCAGGCCGCGACCCGGUCAGCGGUCGGAUGGUGGCCAAGGGAAUCGGCGGUGGCAUCAAACAACAGUAUCGCUGGGUCAAGUGGGUGCGUGAUGGACCGGGCGAGGGAGCGCCGCAGGAGGAGCUCGUCGUGGAGAUACUGCGCGACGGUUGCCGGACAGCCAAGGUAGCUCUGGUAGCGGUGGGCGACGAGCUUAAAUACAUCCUGGCCACGGAGAACAUGAAGGCGGGCGACGUGCUAAAAACUUCUCGCGUCAUUCCCCGUAUUCCCGUGCGACCCAAUGAAGGCGAUGCCUACCCGCUGGGUGCCCUGCCCGUGGGCACCCGCAUCCACUGCCUCGAGAAGAAUCCUGGCCAGCAGUGCCAUCUUAUCCACGCCGCCGGCACCUUCGGGACGAUUUUGCGAAAGUUCGAUGACAAGGUCGUGGUUCAGUUGCCCUCCAAGCGGGAGUUCGCCUUCGACCGCAUCUGCAUGGCCACCGUGGGUCGCCUCUCGAAUCCCGAGCACAACAAGGAGCACGUGGGCAGUGCCCAACGUAUGCGCGAGAUGGGCAACCGCCCACGGUCGGGUCUGUGGAAGCGUAAAGAGGGCAAGCACGGCCGCAAGAUACGCCGCCUGCCACCCAUGACCACAAUCGCCCCGCCGCCAACCGCCAAGCAGGAAGCCAUCCAGUUGACGCUAAACCUUUGAAGCAUUUUAUGUCUAUAGAGUCAUGUCCCAGGUCCAGGCCGAGGGGAACAUUAUAAAACUAGAGCUAAGAGUUACAAGCUA